AGUGCAUAAUAAUCAACAUAUUAGCCAAGGUGCUUUUUAGAUAUCGAUCCGCUAUUUCGAGCUAGUUGGAUUUAUCCCACCGCGUGGACAUUUGCAAGAGUUGAUUUUUAUAGCUUUGCGUCGUGGGUUUUUUUGGGUGCUUUUCUGUUGACGAGCAACAAUGCCGAAGAGGAAGUCUCCCGAAGGUCCCGAGGGCAAGGACAGCUCCAAGGUCACCAAGCAAGAGCCCACCAGGAAGUCCGAGAGGUUGUCAGCGAAACCUGCACCGCCGAAGCCCGAGGCCAAACCCAAGAAGGCUGUCGUCAAGAAGGUGGCUGAUGAAAAGGGGCUGAAGGCACGGAAAACCGCCACCAAAGGGAAGAAGGAAGACGGCCCUGCCCAGAACGGAGAUGCCAAGGCUAACGAGAUCAUUGUGUGUCGUCCGUCUGUCAGUGUGUCCUCCAUCAGAAAUUCGGCUCCCUCCACCAUGUCAGUGCGAGGGCAGAGCGAGACAGUCAGAGUGAAGGGUACGCGAGUGUCACGCUAACUCAUCUUUUUGCGUGUGCCCUACUAACUCACGGCUUCACCUUCAGCAUUCAAGCCUUUUCACACUGCAUUUAGCGGCGCCAUCGCGCACCGUCGACCGAGCCUUUUACUAUCUGCCGUACUCCGUAAGAUUAACCAAGUAAUUUGACGAUAGUUUGAAGUCCACCAGAGGGGAAUUUUCCAUCCAUGUACCGUAAUUUCCGGUCUUCAAGCCACGACUUUUUUCACACGCUUUCAACCCUGUGGUUUAUGCAGUAAUGCGGCUAAUUUGUGCAUUUUUUCUCGCGACCGCAAGAGGGCACUCGAGUGGCUAAGGGUAAGAAUGGGACCGGUGGAAUAUAUGUGCCAAGGAAGUGACUUUUACCGGCGCUGUUAGCGCUGCGCUAGCGUUAGCGUGUUGCUGCUGUCUUACUGGCGUGUCUCAGUGACAUUUACCGGUACGUUUUAUUUUCACGUUAGCUAGCUAGCUAGCGUUAGCACCACACUAGUGUUAAAUUAUUUCUGUGUACCGUCUUUCAGUCUAAAUAUCUCGUGUUUCAAUGCGGGUUUCAAUCUGGGCACUUGCGGGUUUUACACAGCUCCGGCGUAUGUAUGUACCAAAUAGUAUUUCCUUUACAAAUGUACUCGGUGAGGCUUGUAACCAGGUGCGCUCUGCAGGCCGGGAAUUACGGUAUCUAAAAUCAGACCCUCUUGUUCAAGCUGAAAACAUUUCUGCGAGUGUUUAUUUUGUGAGCUCUAAAAAACUUCUACAGAACUUUGCUUUUUUAAAAAAAAAAAAAUACAGGCUUAGUCAUAAGAUGUAGGAUGAAAAGAGCAGAAAAUGGAGAGGGGGAAAAUGUAUGAAUGCAGUUUCGCUUUGUCCCGAGCUCUCGAACCGUGACGUGGUUAAGGUUGCAAUAGUGAUGGACUGAGACCUCCACUACUUUGAAUUGAUUAACUUGGUUGGAUGUAGCGUAUUUAACAAUACAAAUGUUUGCUCAAAAUAAAACCUAGCAUGGUCUCAAAUGUUUUAUUCUUAUCAUUUAAUCUCCUCCUCAUGGCAAGCAAAGCCAGGUCUGCUUUCUGUGGUAACCUUUCUACAUCCAAACCAGCAGGAAAAGGCCCCGACUAGGCUACUUCCUUUUUAGGAGCGUCAGUAGUUGAGGCGCUAAGUGUCACAAAAAAUAAAAGAAAAUGAUUCUUUCAUGCUGACUAAACGGAGUUCUUGUGAAGAAUGCAAUGGAAACAAUUUGAACUGAAGUUUUGUGCGACUUUGUCGGUCGAAUUCUAAAUCCUACAACUUUAGAGGUUGGACUGUAAAAUUUCUUUUAAUCUUGUGUAUUUGCAGUGCGUUGCAGUCCAUCUUUAACGUUAAAAAUUCUUUGUAAAAGUCUUAAUCGCUGCCGUCUUU